AUGAUGGACGACGAAGCUUCCGUCGGGAUUGGCUCCCCUCGAGCCGGUUCUCGAAGACACGGCGGCAAAGGGAAACGAAGCAUCGGACAUCAUGGCGAUGCCAGCUGGGUCAGCUGUGUGAUCAACUUGGUCAACACAAUUAUCGGUGCCGGUGUUAUGGCCAUGCCGCUAGCCAUCUCUCACAUGGGAAUCGUCCUCGGUGUCUUUGUGAUUCUGUGGUCAGGAAUGACCGCAGGUUUCGGUCUAUAUCUCCAGUCUUUAUGUGCCCGAUAUCUCGAACGAGGCACUGCAUCCUUCUUCGCCUUAUCCCAGAUCACCUAUCCUAAUAUCGCUGUCAUCUUCGAUGCCGCCAUUGCGGUCAAAUGCUUCGGAGUCGGUAUCAGCUACCUCAUCAUCAUUGGCGAUCUGAUGCCGGGCGUGGUUCAAGGAUUCGUUGGAGGUGCUCCCGACUAUGACUUUUUGGUGGACCGGCAUUUCUGGGUAACGGCCUUCAUGCUCAUCGUUAUCCCUCUCUCAUACCUCCGUCGCUUGGAUUCGCUCAAAUACACAAGUAUUGCAGCUCUGGUCUCGAUGGCCUAUUUGGUGGUAUUGGUCGUAUACCACUUUGUGAAAGGGGACACCAUGGAGGACCGUGGUCCGGUUCGAGUGAUUCACUGGGCAGGCCCUGUGCCUACCCUCAGCAGUCUGCCUGUCAUUGUUUUCGCGUUUACAUGCCAUCAGAACAUGUUCUCAAUUUUGAACGAGAUCGGCAACAACAGCCAUUUCCGAACCACCGGUGUUGUCCUGGCCAGUAUCGGUAGUUCUGCCGCCACAUACAUUCUUGUCGCUAUCACUGGGUACCUCUCCUUUGGAAACAGUGUCGGCGGAAAUAUCGUGAGCAUGUACCCACCGGGUCUUUGGGCUACGAUUGGCCGCGCUGCUAUCGUCAUGCUUGUCAUGUUCUCGUAUCCUCUUCAGUGCCACCCGUGCCGGGCCUCCGUUGACGCAGUGCUGCGCUGGAGGCCCAAGUCCUCGUCCAAUAGCGACACCUCCCCUCAUCGGAACCCUCUUCUGGGCCAGAGGGGCGGCCGAACUGCGGAGCCGAUGAGUGACCUCCGAUUCUCGAUCAUUACGACUACCAUCCUUGUACUGAGCUACAUUGUGGCCAUGACUGUGUCUUCUUUGGAAGCUGUUCUUGCCUAUGUCGGCAGCACAGGAAGCACCAGCAUUAGUUUUAUCCUCCCGGGAUUAUUCUACUACAAGAUCUCCUCUCCCGACUCGCCCCACCACCAGCGUCUGAUGAAAGAAGACGACGAAGCAGCGGAAGGUAUGCUGUCCGACGAUAGCAACGACGAAGAUGGAGAAGAGAGCGUGCAGGCACGCCCCCUAACCGACAGCGGCAUCCUCCGCCGAGGAAAACGCCACUGGCGCCGAACCCUACUACGAAAGUUGAGUUUGGCACUCGUAGUAUACGGAGUGGUGGUUAUGGUCGUAUGCCUGAUCACGAACUCUGUUUUCAUUGCUUCUCACUAG